AUGAAGGAAGGUGUGAGCAGACUUCAACUUGGAAUUUUGCCAAAGAUUUCUAAAGCAACAAUUAGUGCUAAUAGUUUCACCUCAACUCUUAAAAUAAUCGAAAAACCGAGUGAGCAUGGAAAGACUACGAUGACGGAGAAACAAGAGCAAAUUAGUGACCGUGGGAAGGGAGUUGUUUCCCCUUAUGACCUAAAUGCAAGUGACAACCCGGGGGACGUGAUCACCUAA